AUGCCCAUAUCCGACGAUUACCUCACAGGCCCAACUCUCGCAAAUCUGUCGGGCUACCUCGAGGAUCCUUUUCCAUCUCUACCUCGCGCAACAGCUGAUCAACAAAAGUCCCAAAGCACGAAGCCAGGGAAAAGCACACAACAAGAGACAACGACCCCAGCAGCACAGCAACCUUUGUCACUAGAUAAGCAGAUCCAACUGGAGCAAUUGAAGCACAGCAAUCUACAGUUGCAGUUGGAGCUUACGAGGGCGCAGUUAGAGCUGGCGAAGCUAAGCCCAAACGUUAUACCCUCGCAAGCUAUCAGUUCGAUGAAGCCAGAAGUGCUGUCACCUCUUGACAAUAUUCUUGCCUCCACGCCUUUUAGACCACCAUCCCAAGAAGUAUUUGCAGAGGGUGGCAGUGUCCCAACUCUCAAACAUUUGCGGACUAAAGACAAAAAAGAGCGCAAACAUCUUUCCUUAUUGCCUAAUGAUUACCUUUUCUCCGCAAAAGGUAAGAUAGACUACGACAACCUUGAGAUUUCGGAGUUUGUGGGUGGCUUUCUCGAAUUCUUAAAUAGUCAGUCAGAGUUCGCGCAACAGCGCUAUUUAGCGUACCUCAAACUGCUCAUGGAAAGUGCUGCCACAUAUUCAUGGAACAGCGUACGGAAUUUCUACUUCUCCAUCAAUACAGCGGUAGAAGCCGGACGUUUGUCUCUCCAGCAAUUUGACCAGAUAAAGGAUCGGGCACAAACCUUCUUCACCCACGCCGAUCUGCCUUCAGCACCGACCACUCCUCGUGUUUCAACCACAUCUUCUCAAGCGCGCUACAGCAAGAAAGAUACCUAUUGCAAAGAGUGGAAUUACACAGGCAAGUGUAUAAACUGCUCACCGACAGAAGCGACAUACAAGGGCAUUCACCGUUGCCGUGUUUGCGAUGCACGUCACGCAAUGUUACAAUGUGCAAAAUGUCGCUUCCCAAUUCCUAACACUUUCAGCGGCACGCCUAAAUCAGAAGACAAACAC